AUGCUGCGACGAUGGGUUUGGUCGCCAUGUUUGCUGCUCCUCGGAGCUGCUGGCGACAGCUGCUUUGUGCAUUUGAAGAAGCCUUUGGAGGCGCCGCCCUUCAGCGCGGCGGAGGAAGCCGAGCUCUGGCGGCUCUUCGAGGCCAACGUCAACGUGAACGGCUUGGGCGCUGUGAUCGCCUCGCCGGGAGCGUGUCCGGCACAGGUGGACUGUUGCGGCAUCAUGGACCCCAUGCCCUACGGCUUUCAUUGGACUCGGGACGCCUCCCUGAGCCUUUUGACCCUCUUAGAGCGCGUGGAGCGCUCCACAAGGCACAACGAUGAACCGGUGUCGAUGGCACCGUCCCUGCGGGGCUGGCGCACCUCAGAUUCGACCCUCCCAAAGCUGAGAAGCGACGUGGAGAAGACCAUCGUCGCCUAUGCGGCCUGGGUGGCACGCAUGCAUGGCCGCACCAGACUGGCCGGAAAUCUGGAGAGUGUGCAGUCUGCUGCGGAGGAGGCCUUCGUGGAGCCCAAGUGGAGCUUCGACGGGGAACCCUACCGGGGCGGCUGGUGCCGUCCGCAGACCGACGGACCAGCCUUGCGCGCUCGCUUGUUGAUGCGAGCCGCUGAAAUCUUCCCGCAUUUGGUGAACGAGACGCUGUGGCCCUUGGCGCAGAAAGACUUGGAUUGGCUAGUGGAGCACCACUCCAUGGAGAGCUGCGACCUCUGGGAGGAGACGCGUGACAGUGACUUCCUCUGGAACCGCGUGGUACAGCUAGCUGCCCUUGUGGAAGGCCAUCACUUUGCUACAGAUCCAGUCCUCAAACGCAGGUACUUGGACGCGGCCCAGCAAAAGGGGAAGCUUUGGCCAACCACGUGGCGAACCACAGUGCAGGGGAAGAGUUCUUGA